AAAACAGACCUACGGACGUGUUUCGGUCGGGUGUGCUUUACAUUGUAUAUAUUUUUGAAAGUGUUGCCGACUUUGACUGUGCAUCACACAGAUGCGUGUCCACGGAUGAGCUCGUCUCGAUUGUUCGUCAUUUUGCACUUUUCGACGAUUAGGGCUCUUAUAACGCGCGUUAUUGCGACCAGCGAGGCAGCGACAUGACGACGACGCAGAUGCCCGGGAACCGGUCGAGCAACGCCAUUUUCGCGGGCAUUGCUUCACCCGUUCGUUUUCAUAUUUUUAUACGGUUUACUUUGAAGACGUGAUCUGGCCGUAUCGACCUCCUAUUUCAUUGCUUGAAGACUUGGAGACGAGAGCUAUUAGUUGCUUUCCAUUUGUAUCAAACUCAGAUAAUUCUCACUUGUGAGGUCAUAACUCAGUUGAGUGCACGUUCAUUUUAUAUCUGUGAAAUAUUAGGCUCAAUCAACGCGUUUAUUGCACGAAACGGAAAAAUCUGGAAGAAAAAACGUUAAAUCAGAGGCCAACGUUUUUCAGAUUCUUUUGUAAUAUUUCAUCGAAAUCGAAGGAAGAAGAAGAGCUUUGCUUGUGUGUGCUAUCAGUUGCGCCAGGCAGCCGACAGAUGACGCUACCGUCGAGUACUACAGGCGGGUUGAAAAUCGCAUCACCACUGGUACAAGGUGUGAGAAAAGUAAACUUCAAUCCAUAUUCUGACAAUGGAGGGAGUGUUGUGGCUCUUGCUGGGGAUGAUUUCUGCGUCAUAGCCGCAGACACGCGUCUCAGCACUGGAUUUACGAUUCAUACUCGAAAUCAGGAUAAAUUAUUUCCGUUGUCAGACACGACUAUCUUAGGAUGCUCUGGUUGUUGGUGCGAUACCACAACUCUAACUCGUCUCCUAUCCGCUCGCAUGCAGAUGUAUAAACAUGAACAUCAAAAGGAAAUGUUAACUCCAGCAGUAGCACAAAUGCUGUCGAUAAUGCUGUAUCACAAAAGAUUCUUUCCUUAUUAUGUUAGCAAUAUACUUGCUGGAUUAGAUGAGAAUGGGAAAGGUUGUUUAUAUAGUUAUGAUCCAAUUGGACAUUGCGAGAAAACUACAUAUAGAGCUGGUGGUUCAGCCGGUGCACUUUUGCAACCACUUCUUGAUAAUCAGAUUGGUUACAAAAAUCAAGAAGGUGUCACUCCUGUACCUUUAACUCAAGAAAAGGCUGUAGCAAUCUUGAAAGACAUUUUUACUUCUGCUGCCGAAAGAGAUAUAUAUACAGGUGAUGGAAUAACUAUCAAAAUUAUUACCAAGGAUGGAAUAGAAGUCUCAAGUUUUGCUCUGAGAAAGGAUUAAUGGGGGAGAAAAGUAUUUAUAUUAUAUGCGCAAAUAAAGUUAUUUGAGUAUACCAACACUGUUAUCAGAUUCUUUCUCUUUCAAACACUUUUUAAAAGUGAUAAUACAUUAUAGAAUAAUCAUUUUAUAAUAGAUUUUAAAUGCACAAAUUGAAAUUGCACGGAUUGAAUAAUGUACAAGAGACACACACGAAAGAGAGUUGGAAAUAUACAAAUACACGUAAGCAGUAUUUAAA